AUGCUUGGGCGUGCUCUUGCGCAGGGAGGCAGCACCAGGCGUGCCGGAAGCAUGCCGCAGCGCACUCGUAGCAGCCGAUCCAUGAAUCAGCCGGUGACGUUCCACAGGAAGGUGAAAUCUGCGGGGUACGGUCCUCCAACAGAGGCUCCACGCGUGCUUGGGAAGCCACGGUUGAAUGCACGAUCUGUCGCGUCGUCAAAGCCCGACUUUGGCCCACCAAAGCCUGGCCAGAGGGCCAGCCGCCCGCGAUCUGCCGGCUCUGGCCACAGUCGUGCACAAGUUCCGGCAGGGCCACCCCUGGAACACUGUCCAGAGAUGGCAAUCUCUGCAUGUGAGGGCUACGCUGUCACCGACAUCUGUUUUUCUCCGCAGGCCUCCCACUUGAUGGUAGUCGGCAGCGACAGAACAGUCUCGGCCUACAAGCUGCCGUUGGCAAGGAGCCGACCUCCAGGCAGCAGUCAUGGAUCUCGGCCUUUAGGUCUGGCAGGUCACCAAGGAGACAUCCUCUCUGUGUGCCCGUCAUACACAGAGUCACAUUCUACCGGUGGCGGCGGCGGCCCCUUGCUGCUGACCUGUGGUGAUGACCGAACUGCCCGCCUGUGGGCGCUGGCUGGGCCUCAUGCUGGCGCAGAGCUGAUUCGCUUCGAUCGCUUGCGUGGCAGUAGCAGCUGCUCGCGAUCCCAGGCAUCCUGGAACUCGGAGGACAAUCCUCUGCUCGAACAGGUGCAGGACUCGCACUUCCUGUGCUUGGACGGAGCCAUUGCUUUGGCCACCGGCGCUCGGUUGGCAGUUUAUCGUUUUCAAUUGCAUCUCCAGGACUUGUCCGACGACAUCAAGCGACUGCAAAGGCUCGGCUCCUAUCGUUGCUGCGGCUUGCUGGCGCUACCUCGUGAACCCUCAGCUGGGCAAGGCAUCGUUGCCCUUGCAGCCAACAACGCAGUGUUGUCAGGCACUGUGCUUGUGGCAUCAUCCAGCAAACGUGUCUACGUUUGGGAUGUGGCUGCUGAGAAGGUCCUCGCGACCGUGCCGGAUCCGAUCCACGCAAAGGCAGUGACAUGCUUACGCAUGGCGCAGCCUCAUGCUGGCCAAAGCGCUGCUUCCAUGGACAUGUUCUAUUCUGCGGGAAUGGAUGGUUGCAUCAAGUUGUGGGACCUUCGUACAAUGCAGGAAUGCCGCUGUUUCCGGAGCGGCCAUGUCCAUGCGGCGCAGAGGAUGCGAUGCAGGCUGAGCCCAUGCCUGCGAUACAUGGCCACGCCAUCCGAAGAUGGCUCCGUUUGCGUGUACGAUGUGCGCACGGGCAAUGUACUCGGCACGAAGCAUUGCCACAAGGACGCGGCAGUGGCUGUGGACCUCCAUCCCCGCACUGGGGCCAUGGCCAGUGGCGGCUUUGAUGGCCAGGUGCAGUUCUUCCGAUCGCCAACAUCCGGCGCAGGCCGGCCUCCAGGCGCAAGAUGUUGCAUUGGCCAUGACGCGGUUUCAUGUUUGCAGCUGUUGAGUUAG